CGCGGGAGUUAUGGAGGGGGCGGGCUCUGCAGGGAAGUGCGUCAGAGGAGGCGCGGGGAGAGUAGGGUGCUGUGGUCUGAGCUAGUGGGUGAAGCUGGCGGAGCAGAAGGAUGGGCGAGCAGUCUGAAUGCCAGAAUGGAUAACCGUUUUGCCACAGCAUUUGUAAUUGCUUGUGUACUUAGCCUCAUUUCCACCAUCUAUAUGGCAGCCUCAAUUGGCACAGACUUCUGGUAUGAAUAUCGAAGUCCAGUUCAAGAAAAUUCCAGUGAUUUGAACAAAAGUAUCUGGGACGGCUUCACUAGUGAUGAGGCGGAUGAAAAGGCUUAUAAUGACGCACUUUUCCGAUAUAAUGGUACAGUGGGAUUGUGGAGACGAUGUAUAACUAUACCUAAAAACACGCACUGGUAUAGCCCACCAGAAAAGACAGAGUCAUUUGAUGUGGUAACAAAAUGCAUCAGUUUCACACUAAAUGAGCAGUUCAUGGAGAAAUUUGUUGAGCCCGGAAACCACAAUAGUGGGAUUGAUCUCCUUAGGACCUAUCUUUGGCGUUCCCAGUUCCUUUUGCCUUUUGUUAGUCUAGGUUUGAUGUGCUUUGGGGCUUUGAUUGGACUUUGUGCUUGUAUCUGCCGAAGCUUGUAUCCUACCAUUGCCACGGGCGUUCUCCAUCUCCUUGCAGGUCUGUGUACACUGGGCUCAGUAAGUUGUUAUGUUGCUGGAAUUGAACUACUUCACCAGAAACUAGAGCUGCCUGAGAAUGUGUCAGGUGAAUUUGGAUGGUCAUUCUGCCUGGCUUGCGUCUCAGCUCCCUUACAGUUCAUGGCUUCUGCUCUCUUCAUAUGGGCCGCUCACACCAACCGGAAAGAGUACACCUUAAUGAAGGCAUAUCGUGUGGCAUGAGUGGGACGCUGCCUGCUUUACAAUUAGCAUUUUUAUUAUUUAAAAAAUAUUUUCCAUUGCUCCUGGCCAGCUGCUUUUGUUUUUUUUUUUUUUUUUCCUUGAUAUACCAUUUUAUUCUGAAAAUCCUUUUUAUUUAUAUAUACAAAUAUACUUACACACAUGGCUGGGUGUUUUUAAUUUUUUUUUAAUUCCACUAAAAUUUAUAAGGUUGACUCUGAGGGAUUCCAUCUUUCAAACAAACCCAUCUAGGUUCACAGUCCAGAGAGAGAGAAAUGAGUAGAGACUUGGCACAAAUUUGUGAAAGAAAAUUGAUAGUGGGAAACUGACCCAAAGCAAGUUCUGCUAUCUGUUAGACCUGUUAGUAAAAGUACAGUAACCAUAUCUGUUCAACUAGAAACUCUUUAGUUUCUUUGGAGAAUCACUUAUCAUUGUAAUAACUUCAUGUUCCCUUUGCUGUUGUAGACAGUCAGCCAGUCAGCCAGAGGUAUUAGUGCUAUUUUCAAACCCUCAAGCUAUAUAAAAUAGGGGAAUUAUCAAAGAAGCUUUUCCCUAAACAUUGGCAUAUAACUUCAUCUGAGGUGAAAUAUGGCAGCUGUUUAUAUUUAUACUGUGUCUGUCUACAAGAAGGGAGGUGAGAAAUAUAGUGUGUACUUGAAGUUUUUACUUUGUAACUGUAAGAAUUCCAAUUCAGCUAGAGAAAAAAGGUUAAUCUUUUAUUUUUAUUAACAGUUUUUUUAAACUCACCUUAAUAUGUCAAGAGAAUCUUCAGUACUGCCAAACUGUUGGAUUUUUGCUCCUCCCUUCUUCACACACCAGGCUUAUGAAACAAGUGCUUUCUUUUUAAUAUUUCAGUUGGGGUCACAGAGUAAAAUUCCCCAAUUGCUAUCUGUUUAUUCUAGCUACGUACCAUAAAGAAGGUUCCACCAUAAUGACCCUCCAGAUCUAGGAAAACUACCACAAGAUCUAAAGUUUUGGCUGGCUGUUAACCUCCAACCGUGGUCUUUAUUUCUUGUGGUGAAAUGAUGUGCCUUUCCUUGCCUAAAUCGUUUCCUGGUGUGUAUCAGCAUUAUUUAAUGUCUUCUAAUUCAGUCAUUUUUUAUAAAUAUGUCUAUAAACAUUAAACUUUUAAAAAUCUUA